ACGAAAAUGGCGGAAGUUGGACCACCGGACUGCGAAACCCAGAAGCUUCAAAUAGGAAAUUUAAUGAAGCAAUCCCUUAAAAAGGGAGACACUUGGUAUCUGGUUGACAUAAGGUGGUUUAAGCAGUGGAAGAAGUUUGUUGGAUUUGAAUCAUGGGACAUAGAUCAGGCAGGCGAAGACAGUGCCAAUCCUGGACCAAUCGAUAAUUCCUCCUUACUGAAAGAAGACAACAAGACCUUGAAGGAACACCUGGUUGAUGAUCUUGACUACUAUUUACUGCCAGCUGAGGCCUGGACCAAAUUAGUGGCUUGGUAUGGGACUGUUGAAGGACAGGAACCCAUUGCUAGAAAAGUCAUAGACGAUGGCGUGUAUUUGAAGCAACUUAAGGUUGAAGUGUACCUACACAUCCUAAAGCUUUGUUGCUACAAUAAUUCCAAUAGUACUGACAGUGACAUUACGGAAACUGCUACACCGGCAGAUUUCAGUAGAACCACAACCAUAGAUGCCCUAGAGAAAGAGAUGAGGCGCAUGUUCGAGAUCUCUGAUGAGAAAGAUGUUCGACUCUGGAAUCGCUACAUGAGUAGCACGUACGAACAUCUGAAUAAACCCGACAAUACACUACAAGAUGCAGGCCUCUACCAUGGACAGGUGAUAGUUAUUGAGCAGAAAAAUGAAGAUGGAACAUGGCCACGGCAAGCGAAAAGUACAAGUAGCUACAACUCUAGUCAUGACAGGUCAUACACUACAAGAUCGGGUGGUGGUUACGGUGGAAGUAGCUACGACACUGGUUACAACAGUUACGGUGGGACGAGUGGCUGCUACAAUGGCUAUGAAACCGGAAAGGGAAGUGCAGUGCCGGGCGUCUGUGGUUUGGCCAAUCUUGGCAACACCUGCUUCAUGAAUUCAUCUUUACAGUGUAUGAGCAACGUACCACUGCUGACAGAGUUCAUGUUAAGUGAUCGAUGGGUCAGCGAAGUGAAUGAGGACAACCCUCUAGGAAACAAAGGAGAAAUCGCACGGUCAUAUGCCGAGCUCAUCAAGACCAUGUGGAAUGGCAAAUACAGCUACACGGUGCCACGAAACUUCAAGGUUGCUGUGGGUCGUUUUGCACCCCAGUUCUCGGGAUACCAGCAGCAAGAUUCUCAGGAACUAAUGGCGUUUCUGUUAGACGGUUUGCAUGAGGAUCUCAAUCGCAUCAGAACCAAACCGUAUUUGGAACUGAAAGACGCAGAUGGCAGACCCGAUGAAAUUGUUGCAAAAGAAGCCUGGGACAAUUACCGGCAAAGAAAUGAUUCUAUUAUUAUUGACAUUUUUCAUGGACUUCUCAAAUCAACUGUUAACUGUCCGGAUUGCGACAAAAUUUCAGUAACCUUUGACCCUUUCUGUUAUCUUUCUUUACCGCUACCCAUAAAGAAGGAACGGCAGAUGGAAGUGUUUUGGGUGCCUCUUGCCUCCGAGGCUAAACCAGUACAGUAUAAACUUACAGUGCCUAAAAUGGGGAGUGUAGCAGACCUGUGUGCUUCUUUGUCACAGAUUGUGCAAGUGCCAGUGGAUAAGAUGUUUGUGACUGAUGUUUAUAACCACAGAUUUCAUCGCCUGUUUGCACCCGACGAAGGACUCAACCAUGUUCUCGACAGGGAUGAUAUAUUUGUAUAUGAAGUGCCUGUCAAUACUACUGAUGAUCCUGAAAUCAUGAUUGUUCCUAUUUACCUCAGGGAAAAAAAAUCAUCAGCAAGGGACACGUAUGUUUCCAGUAACCAGCUGUUUGGUCAGCCUCUACUGCUUCCAGUUCCGAGAGAAUCGUGCACCUACGACAAUCUGUACAACAUACUUCUCGAGAGAAUGUCUCGAUACGUGCGGCGACCAGGCCCUGAUGACAAAUGGUGGGUGAAGAGCAAGUCGAAAGUGACAAAUGACAAUGAGGUGCCGGCACAGUGUGACGUCGAAGUCAAGCCGGAGAAGGAUAAGAAUGAAUCGAGUGUCAACCCACAGGAGACGGAAGAGGUGCAAGUAAAUGCAGAAAGCGUGAACAGCAUGGAGGUUGGGAACAGUGAUGAUGAACUGGACAACAAGACGAAUGGCAAGAUGUUGGACAGCGAGGAGGACGAAGAAGAAACCCGCGAAGAGGAGAAGUUCCGGCGUAUGUUCACGUUCACCGCCGUCAACUCGUACGGCAGCACCGAGCUCGACACCAAGCUCAAAGACGACGGACAUCCACUCAAGUUGACAGCUCGAACCUACGUGGCUGUUGACUGGGAUCCAGUUGCCAAAGAGAAGUUUUAUGAUGAUAAAGCAGCUGAGGAUUUUGAACAAGACGAAUCCAUGAAAAACCGAAACCUAAUGCAAAAACGCCAGCCAAUUCAACUGGGUGACUGUUUGAAGCUUUUUACCGAUUCCGAAAAACUGAGCCAGCAUGAUCCAUGGUAUUGCCCAGAAUGCAAAAAGCACCAACAAGCAACCAAAAAAUUUGACUUGUGGUCUUUGCCUCAGAUACUUAUUAUUCAUCUGAAGAGAUUUUCGUAUAACCGUUACUGGCGUGACAAGAUCGAUGCAGUGGUGGAAUUUCCUAUCAAAGGUCUGAAGCUAACUGACUACAUUCUUGACGAUAGACACAAGGACGCGACGUAUGAUUUGAUAGCCGUGUCAAACCAUUUUGGAGGACUUGGUGGAGGCCACUAUACUGCUUUUUGCAAAAACAAGGAUGACAAGGAAUGGUACUAUUUUGAUGACUCGAGUGUGAGUCAGUCUUCAGAAGAUGCUGUUGUGACAAAGGCUGCAUACGUGCUUGUUUACGAGCGCCGGGUUUCCGCGCCAGAAUCUGUUGUUAUGAAAAUGAAAACGACUGUGACCGCCACAGGCGGGUCGGAAGACAGCACAAUAAUCAACGGCUAUAAGCCGUCAGACUUGUACGAUGGUCAGGAUGAGAUGGACACCUCCACAUGAUGUUAGGCGUGCAUAGUACCGAGCAGUGGGAUGUGCUGUGACCUUACUGCACCAAGCAACUAGUUGUUUCCCUUUUUUCGAAGUAUCUGCAUUCAUCGAAGGUUUUUUUUCGGCAACAACAACAACAACAAAAAAAGAGUUUUAAUUUCCACAAGAGUUCUUCUGUCUUUACUUUGCAGAGUGGGAUUUCCUUUCCUUCUGUGUGUUAUUUACGACAAUAAACAGAUCUUUGACUGAUGUGACUGACGUGCAGUUAUAAUGGAACCGUUUUACAAAGUAUCGUCAUGGGAAACCAUUGAUUUGGUCUACACCUAUCCUUGCUUGUUAAUCUUUGCAGCCGUUAUUAUUUUUUUUGACAUUUGUUCCUCUGUGUGUGUCCAUGAACUGGAGUUCGUUUGAGUAAUCUAAUGGACGGAUAUUGAUACAAUAGAUAAUAUAGAUAUAUGGACAACAUAAAAUGACUGACUGAAUUUAGGAGCAUAGAGUUUAUAUGUGAUUGUGUCUGUCUGUGUGUGUGAGCGUGCAUGUGCACAUGUACGUGCACGUGUGUGUAUGUGUAUGUGUGUGUGACUUACAAGGGCAUGUUUGUGUGUACACACAAAUUUGGUUCCCUGUUUUUUUUUUGCAUAUGAUAUACCGGGAUUUUAAUCAACAAUCUUGACAAGUUUGGGAAUGGGAUAGUGUAUUUGUGAUUAUUAUUAUGAAAAUUAUUGUUUUGAAAAUUCCUGAUUUUGCAUUAUUAAUGUAGUUUCUGAACGACCAUAAAUAUUUGGCAGUACAGUCAAAUCUAAGCAGGCAUUUAAUUUAGGGGGAAAAAAGACCAACAACAACUUGCAGAGAUUUUUUAUCUGAUUUCAGAUUCGUUAUAUAUAUAUAUAUAUAUAUGUUGUUGUUUUUAGUUUUUUUGCAUAAAAUAUUUUUCAUACAGCAGACCAGCUUUAAUAUUAAAUACUGGGAGAAAAAAAAAACCUGAACUAUUUAAGUAGUUGGCUUUAUGAGAACAAUUCAGCUUUUGUUCAGGUUUGACUAGUUACAUUGUAUGUUAAUCUGCUAUUUUCAUUUUCAAAAAGCUGACCUGGCCAUAAAAAAACAAAACUGAGUGGAGUGAUUAAUUGCUUCCCUAACUUAGAUUGUGGGAAGCUAUUUAAGAUGUAAAUUGACAUGCUAAAGAGAGCUAAAAGUUAUUCUCCUCAAACUAUUUUCAGAGGAGUGAUGGGGACAGAAUGAUGGCUCCUUUAAAUGGCGAGGUCUGAAAAAGUGUUCUUUUAAGGAAGGUAACUGUUCAAGGCAGGUUGAUUUAUAUUUAAGUGAUUUGAUAAAGUAAAGAACUAGCCUCCCAAAGCAUCACUUACAGUCCUGCCCACAAGGAACGCCUUUUUUUACACUGGAAUUUACUACAAAGUUUUUUUUGUUUAUUAUUUCUGAGCAGAUUGUUUUCUAACAUGCACACGAAAGUACUUUUUGGGGGGUUAUUUCCAAAACACUUACUUUUUUUGUUACAUCAAACCAAAUUAAAAUUAUUUACCAAAAAAACACAUUUUCGUAGAAUGAUGGGACAGACUAUAAACCGGUUCAAAUGCUGUGACCUUUCAUGUUGUUAGUUUCAACUUGUAGCCUAUUAUAUUACUGAAUGUCAUUGAAAACUCACCUGUCAGACUUACAGCAGUAAAAAAAAAAAUAAGAGAAAAAAAAAAUACAUUUAAAUGAUUUUGUAGAACUAUGCAUUCUUGUUGGCAGCAAAUAACCCAACAAUUGUAUACAAAGAUUAGAGGUAUUGUGUGUUCUAUAACAAACUCAAAAACUAAAUCUUUAGUUGUGUGUGUUUAAGGGAGUUCAGUAUAUAAUGAAUACAGUGAAACCCCCAACACUGAAGGUACCAAGUAAAACAUCUGGUUUCGACAGGUUUACCUGAUGAUAAAACAGUUGAAUGUGUAUACCCGCAGGUAAAGAGAAAAAGAAACCAAAUCCACAAAACAUUUAUUAUGAACAACUUAAAACUGUACAUUGUAGAAAGAUAUAGAAGUGGAAGGGAACUCUAUUAAUGUGCCCAUAUCCAAACAAUUCAGGCACGCCCAUCCUGGAUUUUAACCUCUGACUACACCAGUGGCCAAUUCCAGGAUAAGAAAGUAGAAAGGUAUAGACAUAUUUCUUAAAACUACAUGUAUAUGUAGCCAUGUCAAUAUUCCAACCUUUCUUACAAUUGGUAUAACCAAGGUCAUGGUAUGCAAUGUGCAGUGGGUUUCUCCUUGGUCGAUCAAGUGUCGAAAUAACAAUAUGUUAACAUCAAAUAGACUUGGUUUAAAAUGUGCUGUGGCAUUGUUAAAAGUUCAGGGUCAUUGUGGUGAUAAUAGAUGUCCUAUCUUGUUGGAAGUUGAGGGGGGGGGGGGGGGGAGGGUACCAUAUUUGGUCAGCCUUUUGCUACUGAAAGUUUAGUUUUCCAAAAUAAUGCAACCACUAUGCACACCUCUCCAGAAAAUCUAUGCCUAACCCUAUUUUCCAAGAUAUGUACCUUCAUUGUUUUUCAUAGUAUUGAAUUUAAAAAUACUAAACAGGAUAAGUGCCAGUACAAAUUGGCAUUUGGUUUGCUACCUUAAUCUUCAGACAGAAUAAUUAUGGGAUCUUCCCCCAUCAAUGCAGAAUAAUUAUGCAAAAAAAUGAGUUGCCAUGAUUUCAUAUCGGGUUUUUUGUCGCUAAAGGCAUAAUAAAAUACAAGAUUUUCAUCCAAAUUUGUUUUUAAAAUGGGGGGGGGGGGGGGGGUGGGGGGAGAAGAGAGGUGAAAUGUCACUGAUUUAACCAGGAUAUUUACAACUCUGUGCAUAAUGAGAAUAGAUAUUUCUUUCCCCUCCAAGCUUUUGUAUAGGAAGUGCAAAUAAGUUGAAAUGUUUUUAUCAAAAUAUUUGUGUGGUUUAUGAAAGUAUUUGAUCUAAGAAAGUUAAAAAAAAAGACAACCCAUGUCAAAAACUAAUUUUAAAUUUAUUUCACCAAAGAAGCUUUUUGGCAUAUAUUGAUGCAAGACAUGAAAAUGUUCUAUAGUUUAUCAUCUUCUUUUUUCCUCUCUUUUUUUUUUCAAAACCUCUAAUGCAUUAUUGAUCAUAAUUCCUGAUUUUAAUCAAUUCUAAUUGCAUGUUGUUUACUUUGGGUGAAUAUAAGGUCACUGGUGGUUGGUUUCACCACCAAAGUCGCCCAGGAUUUAAGCUAGUAAUGUAGAUGGUGAAAUACAAGCUUUUAUAACAGCAAAACGUGAUUUAAUUAUUUAUUUUUUUACACCUGACAUGGUGGUUCAAUUAGUUGGUAAAUGUAAUUUAUUUUCUAAAUUGAAGUACCAUCCAUAUUUAGCAAAUUGGCUAACAUCUUAAUCUGGGUGUUGCUUUGUACAUGUUGAUAAAGUAAUUUAAAUAUUCAAAGACUAAAAGCUAAUAUGCAUACAUAUAUUGGUACAGGUGUAUGUAAUAUGUUGUUUCAUCUAAAUGAAAAUACAAAGCCACUAGAAUAAGAUUUUUUUUAUCUUGUAUUAUAUAGGUCAAUAUUUCAUUUUUUAUAUUUUAAAAAAAUUUAUAGAUGCAUAUCAAGGAUUAUAAAUUCGGAAUGGAAUAAAUCAGUUGGGAUUUUUUAUAGAAAGUGAUUUUUUAUUUUUUAUUUUUUUUAAAUGAGUUGCUGACCACCUAAAAUUUGGUGCUGCUAUUUUGAUAAACAACAUAAAACUGUAAAUAUAUACAUACAAGAUCAUACUGAGAUAUAUACAUACAAGAUCAUACUAAGAUAUAUUCCCAUACAUAUAACAUCAUCUUGAUAUACGCACAUCCAGCAUCAUGCUGGGUCCAUGCUUAUAAAACUUUUUAGAGUCCAGACUCGAUCUCUAAUGAUGUCAUACACAUAAAAUGUGUAUGGCGUUGUCAUGACUCUUAGAGUCUUGAGUCUAGACUUUUAAAGUUAUACAAGCACCAGGCCUGAUUCUCCUUACAAAGAAGUAUAAGAAUCAUCUAUGGUCCUUCCCACUGGGAAUGACUGUUUCCGUACUAUAGGAAUUUACUUCAAGUUAUUUAUUUCUGAGCCAAUUGUUUUCUAAAUUGCACACAAAAAUAAUGAUUUUUUUUUUUCCCCCUACAUCAAACCACACUGAAAUUAUUUACCAAAAACCCACAACAUUUUUGUAAGAGGAUGGGACGGACCAUAGAUGAUUAUCACUUGUAUUUUAAGAUUCUGAUUUUUUUAUUUACAUUCAGCCUGUACACUGUGUAUGAUUCAUAAGAGGGCCUUUGUAAAUAAUGUCUAGGUAUGAAACUUGCAUGAGUUAUGUCAAUCCUCCACCAGAGGUUUUCAUAAUUUAAUGCAAAGAAUUUAUCAUCUUAUGACAUUGAGAACUUGAGUGAAUUACAUCAAAUGAAAUGUUGGACUUAGAAUGGUUAGUGGGGAAGUCAUCAGUAUCUGUUGCAUGUCCAAAUACUACAUUCUUACAUUUUAUUUGUUAAAGUCACUGACCCUAAUUUUUGGUUUCCUAAGCAAUGAUUUUUUUACCUACCACAAACACCAAGAAAACCAGAAACAUGUUUGACUAGCCAAAAUUGAUAAUUUAAAUGAAACAAGUAAUGUGUAAGUUAAUGUUUAAAAAAUGAAAAGAAGAAGCUUUAAUAGCCAAAAAUAUUUUACACAGCUUAAAACGGGGGUCAUUUUCUUUAAAUAUAGUUUAUUAAGUAUUAAUAUUUUUCUGCAACAAUUAUCUACUUUAAUAUGGUGUUGUUCUUCAUGACAAAGAAAUGGCACAUGCAUUAUAGCAGUAACUUUCCUUCUACGUAUAAUGGAACAAAAUCGUCAACGGGUUUGAAAAUGUUACAAAAUAUUAUUUUGAAUGUUAAAUAUUCUGUAGACAACCUUUUUUUUUGUGGUCCCAUUUGUAUUAUUUUAUUUUCAUCCAAGAUUUUUAUUACCAUGGCAACACUAUAAAUGUAAUAAAAGUUAUGAUUUAAUAUAAGUUUAUUAUUAUUUAUGUGAUAUUUGGCAAUUUAUUGUUCAGCAUCAAUUUCAAAACCUUUGUUUUUGCCAGCAAAAACCUUUUGGUAUGCUGGUUCCAGUGUUGCUUAACAUAAUUAAGAACUAUUAUUUGGACACAGACUUGAUACAAAACCAAGAAUAAUAAAAGCAAGAGCCGGGUAAUAUAUAUAUAUGUAAGACACAAGUACUGAAUGUGGCGAGAUCAGAAGACGCCAUUGUGAUAUUUCUACCUUUUGAUUUGUUGACGUGUAAGUAUGUAAAUAGAUGGCAUGUUAGGUGAUUGCUUUGUACUUCCGAGUGUGAAUGCUGGCUGUCUUUAUUUAUAUCAAACACGUUGAAUAUCUCGACAGUAUAUUUUAUUCCUUGUAAUUUAUUAAACAUACAUGUUACAGUGUGUUUGAAAUGGCUUGCUUUUUGGACAUUUAUUCGACGUAGAUCGAAAGAACAAAGUGCAUGUAAUUUUUUUUUUUAAUGAUUAUUAUUGGUUUCUGUUCAUAUGUGUUUGUAUUGAUUAUACUCUACCCAUGAACACAAAUAAAGUUUCACUGAAUAUGA